AUGUCCCAAUCAAUGGAUGAAGCGCAAUUCAUCAAAAAUUACCAGUAUAGUGUAAUAGAAAACUACAUUGGGUUAAUGGCUACGACCCUAUUUGUGUAUGAUUCUAUCAUCUCCUUCAAUCUGGAGUGGCGGGCUGUCUGGUCUCGCAAAAUCACCGGAGCGACGUCUAUAUACCUAGCUCUCCGCUACGCGACCUUGCUAAAUGUUAUCAUGGACGUCAUUGUCUAUAGCAUACCAUCAUGUAAAGUACUGCCUGCGGGACAUAUCUUGCCCAGGCAGUAUGUCGGCUCUCAAGCAGAUAUGACCUAUACUACACAAUUUUGCACCCUCGGAUUCUCUAUCUCCACCUCCAAGUAUAAUAUAGGAUCCCUCACCGCUGUGCUAUUCCGCGAUGGUGCACAAUGUCACAGGCUAGUAGUUGGGCUCAAUGCAGCCAACAUUGUGGUCACAUUACUUCUGGGGUAUGCAAUCAACUUCUCCGAACCCGUGGAAUUGAUCAGUACUGUGGUGCUAUGCCGCUUCUUCCUCAAUCUCCGCCAUUUCUCCAGCCCAGACAUCAUUGACAGCAACAUGUCCUCCCACGCAAGCUCAUUCUCAAGCUUCGCAUCGAGGAUCAUUGGCAACUUGGGCGAGAUGCUCGAGGACGACCCUCAGGCUCCUGAUGAGGACGACUUCGAAGGCGAGCUGGAUGGACUCAAUCAUGCGGGAGGAGUCGAUGGGGUAGUUGAUCCCAAUGACAGCGCGCAGGCCCCUUCAGAUGCAGACAAGGCUCAGACUCUAACGGCCACUACGGCGAUGUUGGAGCCGGAGACUGAUGAGAGACACGCCGCAAACCGCGGCUUGCCUGAGGCCCCAAAUGAGCGGUUCAAUCAGCGUGCAAUAGACAUUUGCGCACAUCUUUGCACCCCUCCUCUUUUGCUAUGGACAAAUUCGGUCUCCCGGGAUAUGCUCUCUAUCAUGCCGCUGCUAGUGGAGUUCGCAACUGUUCUCAUAGCUACGCGAAGAAGCAUUCGCAGAACGCUCAUCGCUAAGAGUAGAAGAUACUGCGGUCAACUCUCCCCGGAGACCACGCGAACAACCUCCUUUAGCUCUGAAUCAAAUCAAAGGCAAGUCGCAGAUGAAACAGAUGUCCUAGCGGCGGAAACAACCUUGGCGAAUGCCGGCUCCAGCAUUGGGAAGCUCGGUUCAUGCAACUUAGCUCUGUAUAGAGAAAUGGAGCUCGAUCCUCCUCAUGCACGCGUCUACUCUUCCUCACAAACUGGUCUUAUGCCGCCGCCGCUCACGCCCGUGCGGUGCGAUCCCCCGUUCGAUGAGGCCUCUUCGCCUGUCUUCCUCUCGCAGGGCUCGCGCCUGGAUCAACCACUUGUUAUCUUGGAGCAUCUAAUCAACACCGUGCAGACACGUAUUGCGCCCUCCGCGCCUAAUAAUUCGUAUCCCAUACUCGCCCAACGACUCUGCAUUGUUGGGAAAGAGAACCGCGGGAUUGUGUGGCAUAGCACGCAUGCUGACAAUGACGUGGUCACCGUCGUUGAUAUCGGUACGAUAGUGGACAUUGUUGCGCCUGCGAAAGGUCGUUUUCUGGGAGAGAUUAUGGCGACUGACAAUUUGAGAGGCGAUGUGCAGAUGAAUAAUCCAACGAAGUACACACCGGCUACCACGGUGGAUCAGUCUGUCGCAAUCUUCAAUUUGACCUCUAGCGGCAUCGGAACCCAGCCCUCUACGGAGUCGGCGAGGGCCUAA